CUACUCCUCUCUCUCACACACAGGAGGCAGGGCGAAACAGAGGAACAUCAUUCCUCUUCUGAUCACGCACGACAAAGAGCUGAACAGAAAAAUACGCACAGUUCCGAAACACUCUACAAGAUGGGCAGGGAGCAAUGUUCCUCAUGCUAACCCAAACACUGGAGUGAAUCAUGAGGGGGAUCCACCAAUGAGAGGCUUUCAUUUCCUGUGACGGUGUACCUCAUUUCCAGACUGCCCCCCAUCACUAUGGCCUGAUGGGUAACCCCCUCCCCAUCCUGUAGCCCUCUCUCUGGCCUCACCUCUUAGCAAGUCUUACCCUAGCCCCACUACCCCAGGCUUCCAGCCAUUACUCCUCCCUAGACUGUCUCUUUACAACCCCUAGUCCAGCCACUACCCCAGCCUCUCUCCAACCCCCUAGCCGCUACCCCAGCCUCUCUCCAACCCCCUAGCCACUACCGCAGCAUCUCUCCAACCCCCUAGCCACUACCCCAGCCUCUCCAACCCCCAGCCUGUCCCUACCAUCAUGCUGCUGAAGAGGAAGUUGUUUGUAGCGGCCGUGUUCUGUGGCAUUCUGUUCCUAAUGAUCGCCACCCACACCAUCCAGAGGAACAACAUCCUGUCCCUGCCCCGCCACCUGGGCCUCGCCGACGGCCCCGCGCCCUCCAGUCCCACCCCAGCUGUACGAGGACCAGAUGGAGGCAAGCAGGCCCAGCCUUCGUCACUCCCCAGCCCCGGGCCCUCCAGCCUGAAGACGGACCUGGCUGUGGCCAGGGUGUGUGGUUGUCCGUCCUGCGUGGGUGACGUGGGGACGUCGGAGUGGUUUGGCAAGCGCUACGACCCCAAGCAGCAGCCCUUCCUGUUGGAUCAUGGUGGCAGCCUCAACCCCCUGGACCUGCGCUGGUGGCUGGCUCUACAACGCUCCGGUGAUGACCAGACCCUACAGGAAGUCAAGGAGAAGAUGUUCCAGGUCAUUUCCUCUCCCUCGCUGGAUGUGGCACCCCACCCCAACCAGUGUCGCACCUGCGCCGUGGUCGGAAACUCCGGCAACCUGCUGGGGGCUAGCUAUGGAAAGCUGAUCGACACACACAACACCGUCAUACGGAUGAACAAGGCUGUCACGGUGGGCUUCGAGGAGCAUGUGGGGAACAGAACCACACACCACUUAAUGUAUCCGGAGAGUGCGGUUGAUUUGUCUAACGGGGUACACCUGGUCCUGGUGCCCUUCAAGCUCCGGGACUUGCAAUGGGUCGCCAGCGCUCUGUCUACUGGAGAAAUUAAAACGACCUACAUGAGGGUUAAGGACCGUGUCCGUGCUGACAAGGACAAGGUGAUCGUGGUCAACCCGCUGUUCUUCAAGUACGCCCACGACAACUGGAACGAGGCCCACGGCAGAUAUCCGUCCACUGGAAUGCUGGCCAUCAUUUUUGCCCUUCACAUCUGUGACCAGGUGAGUGUUUUUGGGUACGGAGCAGAUCAGCAUGGGAACUGGCACCACUACUGGGAGGAGAACCGCAACGCCGGAGCUUUCCGAAAGACGGGCGUGCACAGCGCCGACUUCGAGACGCAGGUCAUUCAUAGGCUGGAUGACGAGGGGAAGAUCCGCCUCCACACUUGAUUGACAGCUACUUCUGUGGGCCACUGCGCAACUUUAAACAUGGAUGCCUCAGAACUACAAACAUGGAGGGCACUUUCCUGGGGUGGAAGAGGAAGCAGAGUAGCUCCUUGUCCUGAUUUAUUUGACUUUCCUGCUUUUAAAACUGGAGGGAGAAACCACAUCAUCACUUUAUCCCAUCCCUCCAUUCCACCCUGUUUCACAAAGGGUAAAGCCACACCAAUUUUAUUCUAUUUUUUAAUUUUUACUUGUGGGUGGACUAAUUGUGAGCCAAAGUUUACGGUAGUGGAGAGCUGAAUAACUGGGGAACUGUCCAGCUUCUGGACACGGGAGGAUGUGAGCCAAUCAUGCCGAAUUUUCACUAUGCUGUACUUUUUAAAUCAUUUUCUUUUUUAAAUAACUUUUGUUGUUUACUUCAGAUGUAGAUCUGAUCUCUCUGGUUGUUUAAAGGGUUUAAAACUCGCAUUCUAGCCGUCCUGAUGAACAUGUCGGCACAGAGCCACAAGUAGGAAGUGGGUCAGGAAGUAUGUGCCUUGUAAGACAGACUUAACUUAAUUCUUUCCAAUGGCUGUUUUUAAAGAUUGUUUUCGAAAAUGUGAAUGUAUUAGACCUAUACCUGAUGCUCUGCUCAACCACAAUGUCCACAUUUCAUGCUUUUUUUCUGUUAUUGGGUAAUAACUGAGUACACAGAGAAACCACAAAAUCUCUAGUGGUUAAAGACAACCAUAUCUUCAUGACAGCGAAGCAGUUUUAUUAAUGCAUGGUAAUAGCAUGACCACUGACGACUGUGACAAUCUCCUUCUAUGAAGAAUAAAAACCUUAUUGUUA